CGCUGGACAGCCAGCGGGACAUUUUCAAUUCCCAGGGCAUUCUUGUCAUCUCACACCUCCCAAAAUAUAACGGUUACCACAAAAAUCCCCUUUCGCCACCUAGCUCCGCCGUGAAGACGGUUGCUCUGCGCUCUCACACCGCAAACUACGGCCAGAGUUAUCCCUUACAACACUUUCAUGGCUUCCGCAGUCUCUCUCACUCUUCCCCUCUCCACUCAAAAGCUUCCUCGAAGACAUUUACAUCCUCUUCUUCCUCUCAAUUCUCCAUCUUCGCGAUAUUUUUCCUUUUCCUCUAAGCUCAGUUCCGAUUCGAAAUCUCGCGGCAGAUUUUCAAAUUCGUCAUUGUCUCGGCUUUCUGCCGUGACGGAAAAAGCUGCAGAGGUACCAGCAGGCUUGGAAGAAUCCGAAGCUGCCGCUUCAUCGCCGUCACCGUCAUCUUCUUCUUCCAAACUCGUUCUCGUCGUUGGUGGCACCGGUGGCGUUGGACAGUUAGUUGUCGCAUCAUUGCUGAGUCGAAACAUCAGGUUGCGGCUCAUACUUCGAGAUCCUGAGAAGGCAAGCACUCUGUUUGGCAAACAAGAUGAGGAAAAACUACAGGUAUGGAAGGCUGAUACGCGGAACCCAAUGGAGUUAGAUCCAUCCAUGUUUCAGGGCGUAACACAUGUUAUAUGCUGUACGGGAACUACAGCCUUUCCUUCAAGACGAUGGGAUGGAGAUAAUACACCAGAAAGAGUAGAUUGGGAGGGUGUGAGAAAUCUUGUUUCAGCAUUGCCUUCAACAUUGAAGAGAAUUGUUCUCGUUUCAUCAAUAGGUGUUACAAAAUUCAACGAAUUACCUUGGAGCAUCAUGAACCUUUUUGGUGUACUCAAGUAUAAGAAGAUGGGGGAAGAUUUUGUUCGCAAUUCUGGUCUCCCAUUCACUAUAAUCAGAGCUGGUAGAUUGACAGAUGGACCAUACACAUCAUACGAUCUGAACACUCUGCUACAGGCUACGGCAGGGGAACGGCGUGCAGUCCUUAUAGGUCAAGGGGAUAAACUUGUUGGAGAAGUUAGUAGGCUUGUGGUUGCAGAAGCUUGCAUACAGGCCCUGGACAUAGACUUUACAGAGGGUCAAAUAUAUGAAAUAAACUCUAUCCAGGGUGAGGGACCAGGAAGUGAUCUGGAAAAGUGGAAGGAGUUAUUUAAAGCUGCCCAAAACAAAUAAUUAACCCGUCUCUUCUACGUAUGGCUCCGUGCAGCUAUGAGUUUUGACUAGAGAAAGGUCAGAUGAAAUAUACAUAUAUCAAACUUGACAGAAGAUCUCCUGAGCUGGGCUUGUUCAAGAAUUGGCAGAUAUGGAAAUUGAAGCUUGUUAUGGUUGGAACAUGCAAGCAUCAAUGGAGCCUGCCAAACUCGAGAAUGCUCACUCUCUCUACCUUUACUGUGGUUAUACUAAUCCUUCACAAACUAUAGAUGGACAGUGUUAAUUAACAGAACUUCCAAAGGUUGCCUUUUUUGAGUGUGUAUUUUGUAAAUAUUUUUAUACAGCAAA